AGUUGCUCGGUUGCGGCCACGGAAAACGCGCGCAAAUCUUCCAAAGCAGCUCGCGUAUCAUCGUCUUCGCGGAUUUGGUGUUUGUUUCUUGUUUUACUUCUGGUGUGUAGCGUAUACGGCGAGGAAAUCAUCUUAGUAGUGUCGAAAUAUACGUAGAGUUCUCGCAAGAUUUAAUAAGUUGCCGAGGCGAAGAAGAAAAGUGUCGGAAAUCUGUUUGAGUUUUUGUUUUAAAGUUCAGUUAAAGUUGGAAACAAGUGCCUUCCAAAAUAUUUCAAGUACCAGAAAUUUCCCCCAAAUAGUAACUAGAACAAGUGUCAUUCAGAGAUAAAAAUCCCUCCGACUCUUGAAUAAUUGUGUACUUAUCUCUUAUCGUCGAGUGCGAAGUGUCUGCCAUUCUGCCUGUUCAGUUUAUUGUAUAGUUUAGUUGGCACCUGAUUUAGACACAAGAGAGAAGAUAAAUUACCAGAGCCGGCAGAACCGACGCAUGACUACCUGGUGAUAAAGCAGCGUCAUCGUCGCAUCAAAGUUGCUACAAGAUCAAACUCCAAGUUCAUUGCCAUAACGCCGGACACGUGGAGUUGAGCCGAGAGCCUUGGCAGCCAUAAAGAAGGAACCUUCAUAGAUUCGUACAGAAGAACAAAAAAUCCUAACCGGGCCUGGCACCCCGAUACAAUGUGAUGAGACAACAUGACUGGGCAUUUCUAAGCACUGCAACAACCCACUCCUUCAAUUGCGGACCAAGACCAAGUGAACCCUGAAGGCAUCUCUGAAGAACUUGAAGAAACUUUGCAAGUCUACACAAGUAGUUACUGUCACCGACAGUCGUUAAAUAGAUGCGACCCGAUAUUCGCCGGGGACAGUUGAGUGCUUGACACGCGUGUUAAUUCGCGAAUAAAGGUUGUGAAGAUUAGCUCGAACUUAAUCGAGCAGAGCUUAAGAUGGUGAUGAUCAGCAGUAGCCGGUGGCGAUUUGCGGCAUUCGUCAUGGCCUUGGGCGUCGGGUUGACCUCGGUGAUGAGUACCGUUCACGGUCAAUUAGUUAGUUCAGACUGCGAUCCGUCCAAGUGCCCACCCGCAGUCGACAUACCGGAGACUUUGCUGCAGGUGGGCGAACGAACCGGCAAAGAGAUCGUCAACUGUUGCGAGGUGACGCGCAUUCACUGCGACUAUCAGGCGUGUCCGGAACCGGUCCAGUUCUGUGACGCGGCGCGAACCAUCCGAGCGCGGAUCGUCCAAGGCCGGUGCUGCACCACGUACGAGUGUGACGAUCGCGUCCAGCAAGAGGUGCAAGAACAGCAAGACCAGUGCGAGGUGGAGAUCAACGGAACGAUCACGCGGAAGCGCAUCGGUGAGAAGUGGUUCAGCAUGGUCAACCGGACGACCUGUAUGAACUACGAGUGUCUGCGCAGUGGUGGCGAGUCUUCGUCGGAACUGUUUGUCAACUCGAUCGGGAUCACGUGCAACGCGAGUUGUCCGCAGGGCUUUGCGUUGCAGUACUCGGAUCGACACUGCUGUCCGCAGUGUGUUCAGGCCAUGUGUCGGUUCAACGAUCGGUUCUAUGGGGAGGGUGAAUCGUGGCCAAGCGGGGAUGGGUGUCUGAGGUAUCGCUGUGUCAAGGAAGGAGGUCUGCUGUCGAUCAUGUCCAGUCGCAAGGAGUGUCCCAUGAUGAUGGACUGUCCAGCGGAGAAUGUUGUGGAGCAGGAUUGCUGCAGCGUGUGCAACACGACGCGGGUUGAUCCGGUAACGCCGAUUCCACGUAGAGGAAUCGAGUAUUAUGACGAGUUGGAUUACAGCAAUCAUAAGUGUAAUAGGGAGUGCCUGAGAGGCAGGAAGCCGAUGACCUGUUACUACAAGUUCCGUAUGGAAUGGUAUCAAACGAUGAGCAAGGCUUGUUACGAGUGUCCGUACAACUCAACCGACUGUAAUCGACCGCAUUGCAUCGCAGCGGAUGGAGUCAAGCGGAGCGUCAUGGUCAUCAACCGGAUGAUGCCGGGACCCGCGAUCGAGGUUUGCGAGAACGACAUCAUUGUGGUGGACGUGGAAAACAACUUGAUGGGAGAAAGCACUACAAUUCACUGGCACGGGCUGCACAUGAAGAAGACUCCAUACAUGGACGGCGUUCCACACAUCUCGCAGUGUCCGAUCAGUCCAGAAACUACCUUCCGGUACACCUUCAAGGCGGACAACCCGGGAACUCACUUUUGGCACUCACACACCGGAAUGCAGCGAGGUGACGGCGCGUUUGGAGCACUGAUCGUCCGCCGAGACAACGAUCCCCAACAGAUCAUGUACGAUCACGAUCUUCCAGAGCACGUGAUCACCAUCCAAGACUGGGGCCACGAAGCCGGAGUGCAGAUGUUCGUCGCUCACCACCACUCCACCGGAGACAACAAACCACCAAACAUCCUGAUCAACGGUCGGGGAAAGUACUUCAAGCGAUUCCCAAAAGUCCCAAUAACAACCACCGCCAAACCCCUCGACCUCCCAACCACCACCGCCACCUCCAACAACCUGGACGACGCCGAACCCAUUCAAACCUCCAGCAAUCGCAGCUUCAAACUGCUGACCCGCAACAAGCGCCAGUCCCGUACGAUCGACUUCAACGCCAAGAUCUUCCCCGAGUCCCAGCACAUCCCCCUGAAAGUCUUCCACGUGGAGCCCAAGAAACGCUACCGCUUCCGCCUCAUCAACGCCGAGUUCCUCAACUGCCCGGUAGAGCUCUCGAUCGAAAACCACAACCUGACGGUGAUCUCGUCCGACAGCUUCGACAUCAACCCGAUCGAGGAUCUGGCGUCGUUUGUCAGCUACGCCGGCGAGCGGUUCGACUUUAUCGUGCGUGCGAACCAACCCGUUGGGAACUACCUGAUCAGGUUCCGGGGGUUGAUGGAUUGUGACGAGAGGUUCACCUCGGCUUAUCAAGUUGCGGUGUUGAGAUAUCGUGGAGCGCCGGAAGUGGAGUACGAACGCUGGCCGAGCUAUGAUUUUCCGCUGGAGGGAAUGCAGCUGAACUCGUUGAAUAAGGGAACGGGUAAUGUGGACACGUUGUCGAUCGCGGAGGCUACCUCGAGGGAUCAGGAGGAUUUGCUGCUGUUGCGGGAGAAGACUGACUUUAAGUUUUACGUGUAUUAUGAUUUUUACGCCAAGGAUAAUCCGCACUUUCACGUGCCGGAUUUGUACGGGUUUAAGGAUGUGAUCAACAACACCAACCGCUUGUACACGCCCCAGCUGAACCACAUCUCGAUGCGGAUGCCCAAGAUCCCGCUGAUGCCCGGCAAGGACCUGCUGGACGAGAGUCAGAUCUGCAACGCCAGCUCGCUGCGGGAACAGGGCAUCAACUGUCGGGAGCAGUUUUGCCAGUGCCCGCACGUGCUGCAAAUUCCGUUGAACUCGACCGUCGAGAUGGUGCUGAUCGACGAGGGCUUCACCUUUGACGCCAACCAUCCGUUUCAUCUGCACGGGCACGCGUUCCGGGUCGUCGGGAUGGAGCGACUGGGGGGAAACGUAACGGCCGAGGAGGUCAAACGGUUGGACGAGGAGGGCAAGUUGCCGCGACGGUUGAGGGGUGCCCCGAUCAAGGACACCGUUACCAUUCCGGACGGGGGAUACACGAUCAUCCGGUUCAUCGCGAACAAUCCGGGCUAUUGGCUGUUCCACUGCCACAUUGAGUUCCACGCCGAGAUUGGGAUGUCGUUGGUGCUGAAGGUGGGGGAUCGGUCGGAGAUGCUGUCGGUGCCGGCCAACUUUCCCACGUGUUCGGACUUUACGCCGGAUUACGGGAGGCUGCAGAAUUCCGGAAUUGAUAGAGCAAGUGCCUUACAAGUAUUGGUCAUGGUGGCCGCAGUGAUGACCACGUGGCUUCGAUUGUGAGAAUGAGAUUUUGCGUGUUUGUGAUAUUUAUUUUGUAAA